GAAGAGGGGAGGGGCAAAAGCCAGAAGGAUGUGUGCAACUUCAGAUUCUGAGUUGAAUCUGCUGCUUUCCACAGAUGAAGCUGGGGUGGAUUUCAUGUGAAGAGCCUGGAGCACAGUGAAGGGUGCUCCCUGCAGCUGAACUUCAGUAAACAAAUCCACUGGACAAAGGUGUUUCCAAACUGUUAGCUGGCUCAAGAUCCGGCAACACUGGUAAGAUUGGAACAACAUCUGAAGAUUAAGAGAGGCAACAAAGCUUUCUCAGGACGAUCUGGCUGUGUGCAAGCUGGAAUCCAGUGCCUUUAUUUGCUUGAAGUCAUGGGUCAGCUCCUCUCUUCAACUAACAGUGAGCAUGAAGAUUUGGCCUCCAGCUUUACUAAAUAUUUUAAGGAAUUUAACACGGGAAACAAAAUCAUUCCUCAGGAAAUCAUCAAUUCAGUUGGAUUAACCAUGACAAAAGGGAACAUUCAUGAGGCAAACUCUGCAAUCAGGGAUGCAUUAAAAGAAAUCGAUAGUACCCUGAUCAAUGUUGCUGUCACCGGGGAGACUGGAACAGGGAAGUCCAGCUUCAUCAAUGCCCUGAGAGGCAUUGGGGAUGAAGAGAAAGGUACAGCUGAAACUGGGGUGGUAGAGACAACCAUGGAGAGAUAUCCAUACAAACACCCCAAUAUGCCCAAUGUGGUUAUUUGGGACCUGCCUGGGAUUGGAUCCACAAAUUUCCCUCCAAAAACCUAUGUGGAGAAAAUGAAGUUCCAUGAGUAUGACUUCUUCAUCAUUGUUUCAUCCACACGCUUUACUGAAAAUUGUAUGCACCUCACCAAAGCAGUCGGCAUGAUGAAGAAGGAAUUCUACUUUGUGAGAACCAAGGUGGACUCUGACUUAAGAACUGAACAGAAAUGCAAACCUAAAAACUUUCACAGAGAAAAAUUUCUGCAGAGCGUUCGACAUAGUUGUAUGAAGUUCUUUCAGGACUGUGGCAUUGCUGAGCCACCGAUCUUCUUGAUCUCUAACAGAAAUUUUUGUGACUAUGACUUCCCCAAACUGAUGGACAAGAUGACAAAUGACCUGCCUCUAUACAAGAGACACAAUUUUAUGCUCUUUUUAACCAAUAUUACAGAUUUAGCCAUUGAAAAGAAGCAGCAACUUCUGAAGAAGAGGAUUUGGCAGGAAGGCUUUGACACUGGCCUGCUGAGAAGCAUCCCUUCAUUUACCUUCCUCUUGGACAGUGAUUUGGAGACUCUGAAGAAAAGCAUGGAGCUCUACCGCACUGUGUUUGGAGUGGAUGACAGAUCUUUGCAGAGUUUGGCUAGGGACUGGAACAUGCCAGUGGAUCAGGUGGAGGCUAUGAUGAAAUCCCCUGCCAUCUUCAAACUUACAGAUGAAGAAACAAUACAAGAAAGGUUUUCAAAAUAUUAUCAGGAGUACUGUGUGGCUAAUGAGUAUUUAGUUACUGAAAAUCAUUAUCUUAGACAAAUAUUUUACCUGAAAUAUUAUUUCCUUGACAAAGUGACCAAGGACUAUAAAACUCUUCUCAAAGAAAUAUACUUAAGAAACAAGUUGGUUUCUAAUUAGGUUGAAGUCCUGUAGCUGUCAAAAAAAUCAGAAUCAAUGACAGAAAAAUAGGACUCUGGAUAUUGGUUUAUCCAUGCUAUUCAGGCUUGAUCCACAUUGAGUGAUUAUGUAUCCACAUUAGAUAUAGCAAGGGGAACAGAUAUGUAUAAAUAAAAUGAUAGCUGAAAACUAUUUCCUCACUUUGAGUAAACUCUCACAUCAAGUAAUUUUACUUAUAUUCAAACUUGUUUAAUAUACAUCAACAUCCAUGUUCAAGGUUCACAAUGUGUUGUUUAGUAUUGUUAACUCAACAGACUCUACAGACACAUGAAAGAUAAGCUUCUGGCCUUGCAUUUUGCUUGUUAAUUGAGGUAGGAAAUCCUUCCUACUGUGGGUGGCACCAUUCCCUAGCUAAGCAGCAGCAUAUUUCCAUUCUUUUAUAACUCUCCAGAUUUUUGUUUUUUGAUUUUUCUUUUUUACCUGUAGAUGGAGUGGCACUAGAUGACUCAAGAUACUGCUGUGAUUUCUUGAUAAUGACCUAUAUAACCUUAAACUUGAUUCUGUACACUCUCAUGAUAGAGAUAUUAAAGGAAAAAUCAAAACUAGGCUGGAGAGAUGGCUCAGGAGAUAAAGUAGACCUUGCAAGUCUAAAGACCUGAGUUCUGAUUCCCAGAACCCACAUAAAUCCAGCUAAGCAUCUGGAAUUCAUGCACUUUUAUGGCGAGAUGGGAGGCAGAAAGAGAAAACUUUUGGAAGAUCAUGAAGCCAGCUGUCCUGCCAUAUGCAUCAGUAAAUAAGAGGCUCUGACUCAAGCAAGUAAAAGGUAAAAGCCAACACGCAAGCUUGUCCUCAAAUCUCUGCAUACAUGCCAUGUCAUCUUCAUGCACACACACACACACACACACACACAAAUGUUGUUUUUUUUUAUCUAAAAAAUAAAAGAAGGAAGGUUUGGGGCAAUAGUUCAGUGGUAUAAUAUUUGCCUCACACUCAUGAGGCCAAAAUUUCAAUCCCUAGAACUCCAGAAAAAGGCAAAAAAGAAUAUACAGGGGGGGCUUUGAGGUGAAGACAGAUGGCUCAGAGGUUAAGAAUAAUGGCUGCCUGGGAGGGAAGGAAUAGGGGAUUUUUUUGGAGGAGAACCAGGAAAUGGAAUAACAUUGAAAUGUAAAAAAAGAUAAUAUCUAAUAAAAAAUUUUAAAAA